UUGGUGGAUUCGUCGACCAACAGAGAUUCGAAAUGUUGUUUAAUUGAUCCAGGUUAGUUCUUUUUUCAUGCUUGAUUUUGAAUUUUAAACCAAAAUUUGGUCAAUUUUCUUUUGAUUAAACUUUGUGAAAAACAAAACAAUGGCUCUAAAAUUUUUGGAAUUUAAUUAUAUUUUUUCCAGAUUAUCGAUCGACUUGUUGUUGUGUGAUUGUGUUGGAAUCGCUCAAAUUGUUGGAUUUGUCGGGUUUUGAUGUAGUUUUUGGUGAUAAUUGCCGAAUUCAUAUUGUGUUCUCCACCAGGCAAUUUGUUUUGGAAAGGAUCAAAGCUUUGCUCAACUCAAUAAUUAUCAACCCAACUUCGAAACGUGAUUUAUUUGCCGGAAGUUUGCAUAUUUUGUAG